AUGCUUGCUCGUGCCAUUCAGCGUUGCCAAAGACCCAGAUUAUCUCUCUAUAGACAGCUGUCAAGUUUCCGUAUCAGCCAAUCCAGCCUCCCGGCAGCCUAUUACCGCGGCGGAACAUCCCGCGCCGUCUUCUUCAACCAAGAUGACCUCCCUAAGAGCCGGGAUGAAUGGGCCCCAAUCUUUCGAGGAGUAAUCGGCAGUCCAGAUCCCUACGGGCGCCAGCUCGACGGCCUCGGCGGCGGAAUCUCGAGCCUGUCGAAAGUCUGCGUUGUCGGGAAAUCAGCGCAUCCCGAUGCAGACGUGGACUAUACAUUUGCCGCAUUAGGAAUCAGAGAUACCGACGUCGACUUUUCUAGCAACUGUGGCAACAUGGUAAGUGCGGUUGGGCCGUAUGCUGUUGACAGUGGGCUUUUCGCCGCACACAAGGACGCCGAAUCUGCGGUUGUGCGGAUUCAUAAUACGAACACUGGCAAAAUUAUCCAUGCCACCUUCCCUAUCAUUAAUGGAGAGGCUGCUGCGGCUGGUGAACUAGCAAUUGAUGGUGUUGCGGGGACGGCGGCGCCUAUUAAGCUGGACUUUGUCAACCCAGCUGGAUCACGGACGGGGAAGUUACUUCCGACUGAGGCUGUCAAAGAUGUCUUCGAUGGCGUCGAAGCGACGUGCAUUGACGUCGCUAACCCGUGCGUUUUUGUGAAAGCUGAUGACCUUGGUGUAUCAGGAGCUCUGACACCGGACGAGAUCACUGCUACUCCCGGUCUCCUGGCUCGCUUAGACUCUAUCCGCCGUCAGGCUGGCGCGAAGAUGGGCCUCGCUCGGUCACCUGAGGCAGUUCCUGGCAGUGUCCCCAAGAUUGGAAUUGUUUCGAUACCUAAAGAUGACUCGCGUGUUGACCUGGUCGUUCGAGCACUCUCCGUCGGUCAGCCCCACAAGGCUGUUCCAAUCACUGUGGCGCUGGCAUUGGCGACAGCUGCUCGGUUACCAGGGAGUACGGUUGCAGAUGUGACAAGUUCGGACCCCGUGGAUCCGACAGGUAUUACUAUCGGCCACGCGAGCGGAAGUAUUCUUGUAGGCGCUACGUUUGGAGCAGACGGGGGACUGGACUUUGCGACAGUAUUUCGGACGGCGAGGAGAUUGUUUGAGGGCAGGAUAUUCUGGAAGUGA